AUGCCUGCCUCGAUGAGAUAUGAAGAGCUUCAAAAGUUGAUUAACAUUUUGAUAGGUGAUCAGCUAGCUAAGGUCGACUUGCUAACCAAUUCCGAUACGAAGAUCUUAGCAGAGCUAUUAGAUUUUGGAGCUAGCUCAUCUCUACAAGAUAUGAAACUAGAUAUUCUGUUCAUUCUGUUAAACCUGGAGGAAACUAUUAGAAAUCAGCUGGGCGAACUGUAUAUUAGUACUGUCGAAAAAGUCUAUGAGAAGAGUAGUUUUCUUUUGAAUUUCGCUCAAAACGAUCCGUUCAAAAAUUACAAGUACAUGCGACUCAUCAACCUUUGUGUUGAGUAUUGUCCACUCAUCAACUACCCCCAUUUCAACGAGAUACAGGCAAAUCUAGUUAAAAUGUUGAGAACACUCGCGUAUGAGCGUGAGAUGUAUGAUAAUGUGAGUUAUUUGAAGACAGUUAUCGAGAUGUUCAAGUUUUUGCUUCAUUUUGAGUCUGCGAAUAGAAUCUCCAUCGAGCUUUCAAGUCCAUUGGAAGAUAUGCUUUUAACGAUUGUUGACAAAUAUGCAUUGAAUUUGAAUUUCAAAUAUACUACCUGUUCCAAGACUUCGAAAUCCUCUUCGGUAUCUGUUAAAUACAGCCUUCUAGAAAAUGAAAUCUCAGAGACAAACGCAUGUAUUCCCAAUCCUGUCCACGUUAAGAAUUCCUUAGAUAGUUCAUUACUUUCGCUAGCACUUACCUUAUAUCCUAGCGCGUAUCAUUCCCAAUCAUUAUAUACCAGGAAUAAUAAAUCUCUAUGGGAUAACGUUGAUUUCAAUUUCUUCAUCGCAAGUUUACUGAAGAGCAGUGACAUUACUUUAAGAUGUGCUGUACUUACGUAUCUGAUAUGCCCUUAUUUGGAACAGGAAAAUAAAUGGCAGGAUAAGAAAUGGUUACAGCUUUAUCUCCCCUAUUUAGUUGAUACCCUCAAUUUCUCGAAUAUCCCUUGGUGGUUUGAUCCAUUUGAAAAUUUGAUACUUUUGAUUGAUCUAUAUCAUAAACACGAACCCCUAAACAAUCCUGUGAUUACGUUUUUAACCAAGACAAACGUCAUGUAUGGGCUACUUACGCUGUUCGCACAGUGUCUUUCAUUGAAAACACAAAGCAGAUCAUCCAUGAAUUGUACUACAAAGUUCAUUCGUUUAUGUGCAUCUUUUGCUGCAUAUGAUGAGCUGUACAGAACUCUUUUGUUGGAGCAAAAAUUUUUGCUUCAUCAUCUUGAGUUUGGUUUAGAGUCUCAUCUUAAACUUUUGAAACAAUUCUUGGCGUACAGAGAUAAAAUAAUAGAACUAGAAGGACCCGGGGUACUAAACUUGCCACCAAUAUAUGAUAAGGAAACUGUAAUGGCAUGGUUGCUGCUGCUUAAAUCGUUUUCAAGAAGUGUAAGUGCCUUGCGAACAUCACUAAAAAGUAAUAAAUUGGCUGAGUUAUUGUUAGAGCUAUUACGGGUGACUUACGAUAUUACUCAGGAUUGUGAUUUCGCCGGAAAUGAUUUCUUGAAGGCAGAGAUAGACAUAAUGGGAGUGAACCUGGGUUGUAUUUGUAAUUUUGUUGUUGAAUUUUCCAAUUUACAGUCAUUCAUGCUGAAAAAUGGCAUUGUUAAAAUAACAGGUGAAAUUCUGAACGAUCCUUUGUUUAAUUCGAAGAGGAGAUGGAAAACUUCCCGCUACAACGAUUCAUUCGACAGAGACAGCAUUGACUCUGUCAAAACAAAUGCUCUUUGGGUGCUCCGCCAUCUUAUGUACAACUGUCAAAACUCCGAAAAGUUGGAACUGCUUUCUGAAGUUCCAAUGUCUACGAUAUUAGAGUUUAUCAAUGAUCCAAGCUGGUCGGUUCAAGAGCAAUGCUUCCAACUAAUACGAAAUUUAACCUGUAAUUCAAGAAAAGUCGUUAAUAUUCUCCUGGAGAACUUUCAAAAUAUUGAUUACAAAAACGAUCGAAAUACAGGAUCAGGAUCAAAAUUAGUAACAGGUUCAACAUAUCUAUUCGAGUACUUAGCGAGAAAAAUGCUGCUACUCAAUCCAAGCGAUAGUAUCCAAAAGAAAACCUUGGAAGGUGUGCUGUACAUCAUCGUCAAUUUGGCCGCUGUAAACGAAAACAAGAAGGAACUUGUGAUUGAACAGGCAGAAAUAUUGAGUAUAAUUCGCGAUAUUCUUUCAGAAUCACCUCAAAAUCUCGGUCAUUAUAGUAAUGACAGCAAACUAAAAUUGGCCUGUCUUUGGGUUUUGAACAAUCUCCUCUGGGAUUCAACAAUCUCUAGGUACACACACUAUUCCCUCGAAGGUUAUGCUCCAUCACCUCACGAAGAAGGCCCUAAGCAAGGCAAUUCCACUUGGGUAUACGGCAACAGCAAUGCACCGACACAUUCUAAUGCGGAAGAAUUCGAAGAUGAAUCAGAGUAUGACUCUGACACCAAAGACGACGAUAAUGAUUCAGAAAAUGUUGAGGAAGAAUUUGUCCACGGGCCAGGCGUGGGAGCAGACUCUGCCAUCCACACCAACAGAGCGACAGUCGAAAGAUGUAAAAAGCUCGUCGAUAUGGGUAUUUACGAUCUGGUGAAACAGAAUAAAGAUGAAGACUCCCUCUCAGUCAGAGAAAAGGCGAAAACUUUACAAUACCACAUGGAUCUCCUCCUAAAGGGGUCCAUUUGA